GUAUCAUAUAAAUACAGGCAAAUGUACUAAUAGAGAUUGCAACAAAUACAGUAGAACACCAAACAAAGAUAGAUCAAUAAAGAGUGAAGAUAAAAAUGGAGUGCUCCAACAUGAAGCAACAUCACCAGUACGGUGCAUAUGCAGAGCCAAGAAUCUCGUUUUCCAGCGGUUUCGCAGCUACUAAGAACGACAUGGUCAAGUACAAGGAGGCACCAGUGUCGUCAGAUGAUUUUGAGUUCGGUGUCAACAACUUCUCCAUGACCACAGCAGAUGAAAUCUUCUUUGAUGGCAUGAUCUUACCUCUCAAGGAAGAAGUCAACACGACGAAGAGAAUGUCAACUUUGAGGGAGGAACUCAGCGAAGAAGAUAGUGAUUCACCGAGAAGCAAAUCAAAGGGGUCCAGUGGUUGGUGGAGAGAGAGAUUAGGGUUAGGAUUCGUGAAGUCCAAGAAAGAUCAUAAGAGAAGUUCUUUUUAUCACCAUUAAUUAGAAGCAAUUCUACAACUACACAAUGACCUUCUUUUGAUAUUUUUUUGUGUUCUGUUUUUGAGUUUCUUCUCUUCGUAGGGACUUAAUGUAUUUGCUAAUAUGGUCUGUAAUGUGUUUAAGUGUUUUCUCUGUUUUUUUUCUUCUCAUUUCUUCACUGUUCCUCACCGAUGUAAAAAUUGUUUGCGGUUGAAGAAUAUCCAUUUCUAUGUGUUUUCAAUGUUCUUCUUUUUUUUUCAUAAGUUUCAAGAAAAAAAUUAAUGGCUAUAUCGAAUUUCUUUUUAAACUUCAUCCAUCCAAUCUUUAAAUUAGAAUUGACAAAAAAAAUCCGUACGUGUAACAAGAAGCUCAGACUUAUUUAGCCAAAAUUAAUAACAUUGAUAUGAUAUAUUUUAUGUUUUUAAAGAGAGAUUAACAUGGUCUACUUAGGUCGCAUGUGGCGAAUGUACGUAACAUAUUGGUGGUGAUUGGUUCGACUGUGGCUUAAAAAAUUUAGCUGUACAUGUUUAG